AUGUAUGGUGAUCUGCCUCUUGGAUUCGGCCAUAAGUAUAAAAAGAGCAUGUCUCCAUCACUUCAGUUCACUCUCAUGGGAUCAAAGCUUUAUGUUAACACCAUGAAGGUUGACUCUGGAAACCGACCUGUGACUGGCAUUCGUUUAUACUUGGAAGGCAAGAAAAAUGACCACCUGGCAAUCCAUCUGCAGCAUCUUUCAGAGGUUCCUGGAGCCCUUGAAAUUUCAGAAGACCAUGUUUAUGAUCCUGUUGAUGAACCAGAUGAACGAGGCUACUACGAGCCAGUGAAAUGGAGCAUGUUUUCCCAUGUAUAUACAGCAGCUGUGAAGUACAGUAGCUCCCUAAUGGACGAGUCCACAGCCAUUGUGACAAAAGCCUGGUUUGAAGUUAAGGUAGUGGGAAUGAAGAAAGUUCUUUUCUUGAGACUUGGAUUCUCCACGGUAGCAUCUGCCAUAAUUCGCAGAUCAGAAUGGGACGGACCUUCAACCACGUUUAGAAAGUCAGGAUUCUUCUCAGCAUUGAUGAGUACUAGGCUUAGCAAAGAACUGCAGUCACCAGAGAAGCCUACUAAAGUUGAUAUAAACUCAGCAAUUUAUCAUGGUGGACCACCUGUGCCAACAAGGGCUCCAAAAAUGUUGAGUUUUGUGGACACAAAGGAAAUGGUUAGGGGUCCUGAGGAUCGACCAGGGUAUUGGGUGGUCACCGGGGCAAAGCUGUGUGUAGAGGGUGGCAGAAUCUCGAUCAAGGCAAAGUAUUCGUUGUUGACUAUAUUGUCGGAAGAAUCUCUUCCGUAG